UAGAAGCUUACUCGGCGAAUCAAUACGAGGCCAUAUAAAAGGCUUGGUCCCUCGUGCGACACUCUCAUUCAAAUCGAGUGCGUCGCUGUUGCUUGGCUCGUCAUUCAAACUUUUUAUCUCACCCUAAUUCCUAUCAUAAUUCAUUAAAAAUUUUCAAGAUGUCAACUGAAACUGCUGAUGGAGAAGUAUUCGCCUUCCAGGCUGAAAUUGCUCAGUUGAUGAGCUUGAUCAUCAACACUUUCUAUUCCAACAAAGAAAUCUUUCUCAGGGAGUUGAUUUCCAACUCUUCUGAUGCUCUUGACAAGAUCAGAUACGAGUCUUUGACUGACCCGUCCAAGCUAGACAGCGGCAAGGAAUUAUACAUCAAGAUCAUCCCCAACAAGGAGGAUAACACAUUGACCAUUAUUGACACCGGUAUCGGCAUGACCAAGGCUGAUAUGGUCAACAACCUGGGUACCAUUGCUAAGUCUGGUACUAAAGCUUUCAUGGAAGCUCUGCAGUCUGGUGCUGAUAUUUCUAUGAUUGGUCAGUUUGGUGUCGGUUUCUAUUCUGCUUACUUGGUUGCUGACAAAGUGAUUGUUGAAUCUAAACAUAAUGAUGAUGACCAACAUACCUGGGAGUCGUCUGCUGGUGGUACUUUCACCAUUAAGACUUCAACCAGUGAAAAACUUGGCCGUGGUACCAAGAUCACUCUGUACCUGAAGGAAGACCAGGCUGAAUACCUGGAAGAGAAACGUAUCAAAGAGGUGGUAAAGAAACACAGUCAGUUCAUUGGUUAUCCCAUCAAACUGGUUGUUGAGAAGGAACGAAGCAAGGAAGUAUCUGAUGACGAAGAGGAAGAAGAAAAGAAAGAAGACAAAGAGGAGGAAGGUCAGGAAGACAAGAUUAAGAUUGAAGAUGUAGAAGAUGAAGAGACCUCAAAAGGCAAGAAAAAGAAGAGCAUCAAAGAAAAAUACUUUGAAGAUGAAGAAUUGAACAAAACUAAACCCAUCUGGAGUAGGAACCCUGAUGAUAUUAAAAAUGAAGAGUAUGGGGAAUUCUAUAAGUCGUUGACCAACGAUUGGGAAGAACAUCUUGCUGUUAAGCAUUUCUCUGUUGAGGGUCAACUGGAGUUCCGGGCAUUGCUAUUUGUCCCCAAAAGAGCUCCUUUCGAUAUGUUUGAGAAUAAGAAGAAAAAGAACAACAUUAAGUUGUAUGUACGCAGAGUAUUUAUCAUGGACAACUGUGAAGACUUGAUCCCAGAAUACUUGAACUUCAUCAAAGGUGUUGUAGAUUCUGAAGACUUGCCCCUGAACAUUUCUCGUGAGACUCUGCAACAGAGCAAGAUCCUGAAAGUGAUUAGGAAACAUUUAGUAAAGAAAUGUGUUGAGUUGUUUGAAUCAGUUGCUGAGAACAAAGAUGAAUACAAGAAAUUUUAUGAACAAUUUUCAAAGAAUUUGAAGCUUGGUAUUCAUGAAGAUCAUACAAACAGAAAGAAGUUGGCUGAUUUCCUCCGUUAUCACACAUCCAGCUCUGGUGAUGAAAUGUCUUCUCUUAAAGAUUAUGUAUCUCGCAUGAAGGAGAACCAGAAACAUAUCUAUUACAUUACUGGUGAGACCAGGGAGGCUGUUAAGAACUCUGCCUUUGUUGAGAAAGUAAAGAAAUCUGGCUGUGAAGUGGUCUAUAUGGUAGACCCAAUUGAUGAAUAUGCUGCUCAACAAUUGAAGGAAUAUGAAGGCAAACAGCUGGUGUGUGUUACCAAAGAGGGUUUGGAACUUCCUGACGAUGAGGAGUCUAAAAAGAAGCUGGAGGAGGAUAAGACAGCAUACGAAGGCUUGUGUAAAGUUAUCAAAGACAUUCUGGACAAAAAGGUCGAGAAGGUUGUUGUAUCAAACAGAUUGGUGGACUCUCCCUGCUGUAUUGUCACUAGUCAGUAUGGUUGGUCAGCGAACAUGGAACGUAUCAUGAAAGCUCAAGCUUUGAGAGAUACUUCAACCAUGGGUUACAUGGCUGCUAAGAAACAUUUGGAAGUAAACCCUGAUCAUUCCAUCAUUAAGGCAUUAAAGAGCAAAGUAGAUAGUGACAAAAACGACAAAACUGUGAAAGACUUUGUAAUCUUAAUGUAUGAAACCUCUCUGUUGUCGUCAGGUUUCAAUCUUGAUAACCCACAAUCACAUGCCUGUCGUAUUCAUCGAAUGAUUAGCUUUGGUCUUGGUUUGGACGAAGAGGAAAUAAUGGAAGAGAAUGCACCUGUAGAGAAUGAUGCCGAUAUGCCAGCGUUAGAGGGAGAUGAUGAUUUAUCUAAAAUGGAAGAGGUUGAUUAAUUAUUUCACAAGAGACAUUUAUUAGCUAAUUGAGACUUAUGAAGAAUGAUGGUUCAUUCCUUGUACAUUUUCCUUUUCAUUUCCAUAUUUCAAUGACCAGGUGGUCAGAAUUUAGUAAAACCUGGUGGAAUUGUUUAUCUCAGAUGCUUUCAAACACUAAGCUGUUUUCUAUGAAAACUAACCAACAUUGCUUGUUAACAUUAGUUACCAUACUUCAAGAACUCUUCUCAAUUAACAACAAAUUUGUAGUUCUUCAGACAUCUCAAUUAUUUGCUGAAUCUUGUUUUGUCUUAUAUGUUAAUGGAUGGAUGGCUCUCUUGUGACCUCCAUCUCGGAAGUCUUUGACAGCUGGCACCUACUCAGUUAUUUAUUUGCUUGGUGUAAGCAUUAACUGCACUGAAUUCCAUUGUAUAUUUGUUCAAAUGUUUCCUAAAUAAAAAUUUCAUAAUA